CAAGGAAGAGGUCUAGACAGUUUAAACAGAGAUCAAACAAUCGUCUUCAGUUCAUUGAUGGUCAGUCAGUCAUACACAGACGUGUUUCAGGAAUAGCAUCGAUUAUUAAUGCAGUUUGAUUAGUCAGAAUGAGAAACAUCCCAGUGAUCUUCCUCUUCUCUUUUACAGCUGUUUCUCCACUGUCAGACCUAUUUUAUCCACACGGCACGGAGAAAGGAUACGGAGAAAAUCCUCGAGCUGAUGAUGUCAGCUCACCUGCUAUUGAGUUAAAGAGUCCAUUCUCUUUCUUUGGACACACAUACUCUCAGAUAUACGUCAACAACAAUGGAGAUCUAACAUUUAAACUGGAGCUUACUGCCUAUGUGCCUAAGCCAUUUGUGGCUGAUGGUACUACUACUAUUAUUGCUCCACUCUGGACUGACUUGGAUAACAGAAAAGAAGGUGUCAUCUCACACAAUCAGUACUCUGAGGGCAGUGUACUCUUACGGGCCACACAAGACAUAAACCGGUACUUUCCAAAAGUUAACUUCACUGCCUCUUGGGUGUUUGUUGCAACAUGGGAUGGCGUGCCAUACUACAACCAACCAGGCAAGGUAAAAUGUCAUACCUAA